GUUCAAUCUUUCUCUCUUCUCAUUUCUACACAAAUAGUACUCCAAAAACUCAAUAAACAAAUCACACCACGACACAUCAUGUCUCUUCUUCGCCACACCGUUCGCCGCUCUUUCAAUGUUGCCAUUGCUAACAAGAACACACCUGCUGUAACCAGGAUCCCUCUUGUUGCCCGCACAUUCUCGAGCAAUACUCCUCAAUAUAACGAUCAAAACCUGAUCAAGCACGCUCCUGGAUGGGAGGAAGGAAAUGCAUCUGCUAGCGAGGCCAGUGUCAAGGCUGAUCGCGAGCCUCACCCAGAGGAUGUCAGGCAUUUGCAGAAUGAGUCUGUGAAGCACUUGAAGGACAAGCACGGAGAUAGCGCCAGUAUGGUCGAUGAUCUCAAGAUUAAGGCUCAAGAUGCGGGUGAGAAUAUGUCGAACCAGGCCAAGCAAUAUGCUAACAAAGCCAUGAACAGGGGUGAGACUCUUGCACAGCAAGGCAAAGAAUAUGCACAAAAGGCCAUGAACGUUGGCGAGAAUAUGAGUGAGAGCCUUACGGGACAGAGUAAAGAGUAUGCCCAGAAGAUUAAGAAUGCUGCUGAGGACAUGACUGGGGACCUGUCCGGAAAGGGCCAAGAAUAUGCCAAUAAGGCAAAGGGUGCAGGAGCAGAAGCAGCUAAGCAGGGUCAACAGUAUGCGGAAAAAGCCAAGCAGGCAGGUGAAGAGGUAUCGAAGCAAGGCCAACAAUAUGGAGAGAAGGCAAAGCAACAAGCACAGCAGGCUAGCGAAACUAUGAUGGGAGGAGUUAAGGCUGGAGCAGAGAAGAUGACUCAAUUUGUGAAGGAGUCUGUUGACUCUGCCAAGAAGGCUGUUGGCAUGGACAAGUAAAAAAAAAAGCUUUAUAUUUUAGACAACCUUUGUAAAUAGCACACACAACAAAUUAAACCUUUUUUCGUCAG